CGGGGCCGGGGCUCCCGGUACCUAACAGCCCUGACGGCGAACCCUUCUCGGGCUCGCGAUGCCUCGACCCGGCCUCCGCCUCAGUCCUGGCGGGGGCUGCGCCGCGGCACAGCCAACUUUGAGAACACACGUCGCCUAGCGAUGGCGCGGGGCGGGGCCACGGGCUGUGCCGGCCCGUCGGAGACAUCCGCUUCCGGGGCCGCGGCCAUCGCGCUCCCCGGCUUGGUAGGCGCUGCGGGCUAUGCGCGGCGUCCUGCUCUGGUCCCUGAGUGUUGGCUGCCCUCGCUCUGCCGUCCGCCUUCUGGAGCAGUCAUGCUGGAACAUCUGAGCUCGCUGCCCACGCAGAUGGAUUACAAGGGCCAGAAGCUGGCUGAACAGAUGUUUCAAGGAAUUAUUCUGUUUUCUGCAAUAGUUGGAUUUAUCUACGGGUACGUGGCUGAACAGUUCGGGUGGACUGUGUACAUAGUAAUGGCUGGAUUUGCUUUUUCGUGUUUGAACGCCAAGAGCAUCAGGAGGCGUGAAGUGCAGGAGAGGCCACAGCUGUCCUGUGACAGCUACUCCAAGCCUGGGCCAGCGCUAGCAAGGACUUCCGGCUGACACUUCCUCCAUGGCCAAUCUAUCGCCGGCAUCCCCUCAAGUGGUUACCUGUUCAAGAUUCAUGCACAGAAGACAAGAAGCCAGGAGAUAGAAAAAUUAAGAGGCAUGCUAAAAAUAACUGACUGGGUUUUCGUGAUUCAGCACCUGCUUUUAUUUCCUGAGAUGAGCUAUACUGCUUUUCAUACCCAAAACAUGAGCCAAAACCAUCUAAGCUCUCACAGCACCACCGUGUCUAGACUUAAUUCUCUUUACAUUUCUAACCCAGUUGAAGUUUGAUUUAUAAAUAUUUUAGACCUUUUCAUAAUCUUGCUGUGAAGUAAAAAACAAAACCCAAGUAUGGAAAAAGUUUCAGGUGUACAUAAUAAUAAAUGCCUCAUGAUAGUA